AUGGAUAGUGCCGACCUCAUUGUCAAUCAAGCGGAGGCCGAGCGCAACUCAUUCGUCAAGCUCUUCAACAUCGAUGGUCGCGUCUCAACAUUUGUUCCGCUAGAGCAAGAGGCUGGCGAUGGCGAUAGCGAUGGCGAUAGCGAUGGCAAUCUCAAGUUUGGUGACGCUGUUCCGGCCUACCUCAAGGAACCCCGGAACUCCUAG